CGUGUCAGAGCAGCCAUAGUGAACGGUCUAGAAACGUCCAUCGCUAGCGCUGCGUCACUGCACGAGGACGGGGGAGCGCAAGGCAGGACGGUGUGGUCGAAUUUACCUUUGUUUUCCCCCCCCGCAUCCAGUUCAUUGAAAGUAGAAGUGGAACAGGAGGUCACGCAGUGGUAAUACUGCAACCCAGAGAAGAAAGGGAUUAACGUAGGAACGAAAAUGCAGCCUGCAACUGCAAAGUGGUAUGACAGACGGGACUAUGUCUUUAUUGAGUUUUGUGUAGAAGACAGCAAAGAUGUUCACGUAAAAUUUGAAAAAUCAAAGUUUAGUUUCAGUUGUCUUGGGGGAAUUGAUAACAUUAAAUAUCUGAAUGAAAUUGACCUAUUUGAAGCAACUGAAGAAAAUGAAUCAAAACACAAACGCACAGAUCGAUCUGUGUUGUGUUGCUUACAAAAAGCAGAACUUGGAAAGUCAUGGCCAAGGUUAACAAAAGAGAAAGCAAAGUUAAAUUGGCUCAGUGUUGAUUUCAACAACUGGAAAGACUGGGAAGAUGACUCGGACGAGGAACUGUCCAGUUUUGACCGUUUUUCAGAGAUGAUGAAUGACAUGGGAGGAGAGGAUGACCUACCAGAGGUGGACGGAGCAGAUGAUGAGGAAUCUGCAGACAGUGAUGAUGAAAAAAUGCCAGAUCUGGAGUAAAGGUGACAUUAUUCCACAAUCCUUGUGACAAGUUGGAAGAAUCACAAAAUAAUAGUUUUGCAAGAAUUAAAUAAAGCUGUAAGAGGGUGGUUGGACAAAUUUAACUAUUGCAUCUUAAAAACCUGUUCUCAAAGUGUUUCAGAAAGGCUUGACUGAGGGUUGAUAUGCCUACUGCUGUACAGAGCUCCACCAAUGCUGUAGUCUGCUGUGGUCUGCAUGGACUGUAUGUAAGCCGCUAUACUACGUUUGAUUCCAACAACAUGAGGUUUUUUCUUCAGCCUGAUAACUGUGGCUAUGGUGAGAUGAGCAAUAAGGGCCAUCAUGUAAUUGAGUGUAGUAACAAUGCUUACAUCUCACCUUUUCCUGAACUUUAAUAGUUGAACAACUUCGUCUAAAAUGUGCUUGUGCCUCAGGCACAAAUGGAAUCUAUACUGUACUUUUUUUUUUCCCCCCUUGAGUCCUGAAUCAACAACUAGAUAUUGUUUAUUCAUGUUAGAAACUGCAGAUAUUAGUCAGUGUUCCACAGCAUAAAAUGUUUGAAUUUAAGGGAACUAACAUUUCCAGAUGGUGCCUAGUUUUCUUGCUCUGACAUUUCUCAUGGGUAAUGUCAAGAGUGUAUAUAUAAUUUUUGUCUGUGGAAAAGCUUAAUUGGGUAUUGGUUUGAAACCCUGCCCUGUGUCAUAUUGAAAAGAUUUUCUUCCCCAUGUAAACUAAAGAAUGCAAAAAAGUGAAGCCUGUCCUCCAGUGUACAUUUUUACCCUUGGAUUACACAUACAGCUUGAUAAAGCCUAUACUGAUACAUGAGGACAUUACAAAUUAAAAGGUUAAAUAUAAACAUGACCAAACUGUAUUUGCACUGUUCAAUGUGUGUGGGGAUGAAAAAUAUACACGUAUUAGAUGUGUCAGCCUGUCAGCUCACCACUGACUGAAGAAUAUCAGUUUGUUGAGAAUGCAAUGGAGGAUUUUUUUUUAUUGUUGACAUCUUUCUAAUAAACGUUAA